AUGAACCUCCUCGCCUACUCAGACUCGGAAUCUGACACGGACGCGCCGAUCGUGUCUAAGCCAGCCGCCAAGACUGCACCCAAGCCCGCCUUCCAGAAAGUCGUCGACCGCGCCAACCCAGGACGCAUCAAGGUCAAUCUGCCCGGCGCACCACUACCGCAGUCUGAGAAGGAUGACAUCGAUGUCGACGCGCCGCCCGCGAAGAAGGCGAGACUAGGGGGAGGCAGCGCGUUUGGUGGAUUCAGCGCCAUGCUGCCUGCGCCAAAGAAGCCCAAUGCGACGGCAGGCGCAUCGUCGGGGAAGAAGGGAGUCGGCAAGGGGCCAGGAGCUGGUGUCAAUUUGAGAACGGGCGCAGAGCCUGCCUUCAAACGAGAGCCACGAAUCGAGAUGGACGACUAUGACGAAGACGGCAAUCCCAUCAAGAAGGAGCCCAUGAAGAAGGAGGACUUUAGAGCCAUGCUGAAUCUGCCGACGCCAAAGACCGAAAAACCAGACCCAGAGACGGCAAUCGAGUCCCCCAAAGUCGACGCACCAAAGGCCGCCGCUCCUAGAUUUGUGCCCAUGUCUGUCGGCAAAGGGAAGAAGAAGAAACCAGUAGCCCCCCGUCCUGCAGGCACAGCAGAAGAGGCCACCCGUAAAUCUGCUCUCACCUCACAGCCAUCAGCCGUGGAAGUAAAACCAGUCCGCAAACCCAAAGUCUCGCUCUUCGGCGUAUCUCAAGAAGCAGAAACCCCAGCCAAAGAACAGCCCGUCGGCGCAUACAAACCAAUGCUAUACGGGUUUGACGAAGAGGACGACGCAUCAGACGCCGACGAGCCCCUCGAAACACAGCCAGCCCACCAAUCCACACAACACGCAGCUAAUACACCUGCACCCCACGACCUGACACACGUAGCAUCCGAGCUCAACCUCUCCGAAGCCGAGCGACGCCAGCUGUUCGGCAAGCAGGGACGCGGCGGUCCAGACUUCUCCUCAGCCAAGAUUGUCGACUUCAACACCGACACGGAGUAUGCGCAUAACGAGAAACUGCGACAACAGGGCGAGACGGUGCAGCACAACCCUCUUAAAUCUAUUUCAGGCACCGGCAAGAAUAAUCUGAGGAGCUUGAUCAAUGUGGCUACGACGCAGAAGGAUGCGCUGGAGGACCACUUUGCGUCUAGUCAUCGAAAUAAGAAAGAAGCUGGGAAUCGAUAUGGGUGGUGA